AUGGUCCCCCCAAUGAGCAAUCGCAAUCUCAUCGCACAGCUCCUCUUCCCAGCCACACCACACAUCGCCAUGGCAACAACUCCUCCUUUGCCGGGUCUAAUCGGGCUUCUUAGCGCUGACUCCGCUGAGUUGCACUCGAUCGACAAAUGGCAAAUGCGAUGCUCCAAUCGGCCACAGGUUCAAGCCCAACCUCACCGAAUCUCAUCAGCGGAUGGUUCUGACGUUUUGAGGGACUCUCAACAUUGGAGACUCCAGCACUCGUUCGCCGGCCCGCGGGCCAUAUCUGAAACCAACUCAUCAUAUCACCCUGGUGAUUUGGACAAUGCUCAAACCUCGUGGUCCGUUACCAUUGGCGUUCCACCGAAGACAGCUUUCCUUCGCCCCGCCUCCUCGCUCAGCUCAUGGCUCCACUAUGAGGUGAGCACGGUCUGGAGGAGCUCGGUCAUGAUUGCUCACGAUUCACCCCCAAAUGCGACAAAAGCCGGAUCAUCAGUGAAGCUGUGA